AUGUCUGCCUCCAUCACACGGGCCUGCGCAAGGGAUCCAUACCCGACCUGCGCUAUGCCUCCUCCUCCCCCCAUAGACUCCUCCCUGGACGCAAUUGGCAAUACGCCAGUUGUGCGCCUCACCCAUGUUGUCCCUGACAGUUGCGCACAGGUUUUCCUGAAACUAGAGAUGGAGAACCCUACAGGGUCCUACAAGGACCGCAUGGCCAAGUCCAUGAUCGAAGAGGCCGAACGUCGCGGGGACUUAAAGCCCGGCAUGACGGUGGUAGAAGCUACGGGAGGCAGUACCGGCUCAUCUCUUGCUUUUGUCUGCGCCGUCAAGGGGUACCGGUUUUACGUCGUGUCGUCCGAUGCCUUCGCUGCGGAGAAGCUGAAAACCAUGCAAGCUUUUGGUGCUACGCUGGAUGUAGUCCACAGUGCGUCCGGGAACACACCCGAUCUUAUGCCCUACAUGAACCGCCGUGCGCAGGAGGUUGCUGACACGGGGGAUUGUUAUUAUACCAGCCAGUUUUCCAACCGCGAUGCGCUGGUGGGUUACAAGGGGAUAGGUCAGGAACUGGUGCAGCAGUUUCCAAAGGGUAUCGAUGCAUUCUGCGGCGCGGUGGGCAGCGCGGGUAUGGUCAUGGGAGUGUCCCGCGUCCUCAAGUCCCACUGGCCGAGCACGAAGGUCGUGGUCCUGGAACCGGCGUCCUCGCCCGUCAUCACCGAGGGUCACUCCGGACCACAUGGAGUCGACGGGGUAGCCCCUGGGUUUAGUCCACCGCAUCUUGAUAGCGCAUGGUACGAUGAAGCCCGCGGUAUCUCAGAGGAGGAAGGACGCGCAAUGUGUCGGCGCCUCGCAAAGGAGGAGGGAUUGCUGGUGGGAACAUCUACCGGGCUCAACGUUACCGCUGCGAUUGCGCUGGCACAGCAAUUGGGACCAGGGAAAACAGUUGUGACAGUGGCGGCUGACACGGGUCUGAAGUACUUGAAUGGAAGGUUAUUCGCCGAUGCAUAA